AUGUCUAAGAGAUCACUGAAACGAAGGGAACGUGAAAAGAGAAAGGAGCACAGAUUUGAGGAUUUGAAAGGCCUAUAUGGUUCAUCUCAAGAACUUCUGGGAAGAAUUAAGAAGAUUGAACGGAAGGGGACGAAAACGGCUACAGAUUACCGAAACAUUGACAAUCUCAAGGAAAGAUACGAGUUCAUGCAUACAUUUGAACAUGCUCAGGGGGAAAAGCAAGCUGGAAAACACGACGAAAAGGAAAAAACUAUAUCAGGUUCAACUAAGACAGAACUUAAGCUUGAACUCAAGACAAAUUCAGUGUUUUAUGAUCCUGAGAUAAAUCCCUUAGGCGAGCAGCCAUUUUUGGGGAUGGCUAAUUUGUCAGUUCACAGUAAGAAUAAAUUAAUCAAAGGACAAUGGAAGAACUUGAGUAAUCUUUCUGAGAUUGAAUCUGAACAGAUUUCGCUGCCAGUGGAACCUAAGCCGAAAUUCUACAAGUUGAAACAGAUUCAGACACAAUACCAAAGUGCCGAUUUUUGA